GCGAGCAGCCAGUGAAGCAUCCAGGCUGCUGGAGGAGCCAGGGUUUGGGGUCAGGAACCGGUCUGUCAACAGAAUGGCAAUCCUGGCAGUGCACUGCCACUAGGACUCUACAUUUGGGAAUGAACCCAUCAGAACACUGGAUCCAAAGGCUACACACAGAGGGAAAGAAUGUCACGCCAUAUUUCAGGACAUUGUGAGUGCUACUAAAGAUGUCCGAUAGUGUGGAUAUUGAAGAGAAACCGCCAGCCCCCCCUUUGAGAAUGAACAGUAACAACAGAGACUCUUCCUCAGUGAAUCAUAGCUCCAAACCUCUACCAAUGGCUCCUGAAGAGAAGAACAAGAAGGCUCGUCUGCGCUCCAUCUUUCCUGGAGGAGACAAAACCAAUAAGAAGAAGGAGAAGGAACGCCCUGAGAUCUCCCUGCCCUCGGACUUUGAGCACACAAUACACGUCGGCUUCGACGCCGUUACAGGGGAGUUCACCGGAAUCCCUGAGCAGUGGGCACGGCUUCUUCAGACCUCCAACAUCACCAAGCUGGAGCAGAAGAAGAACCCCCAGGCUGUGCUGGACGUCCUCAAGUUCUACGACUCCAAAGAGACGGUCAACAACCAGAAGUACAUGAGCUUUACGUCCGGAGAUAAAUCAGCGCAUGGUUACAUAGCAGCUAACACUCUGAACCGACUGCUGUCCUCCGGACCUCCCGUCAGCCUUAGAACCUGCAGCGCAUUAUUUGACAAGGGCACGAAGACGGCGUCUGAGCCCCCGCUGGCCCCCCCGGUGUCAGAAGAGGAAGAUGACGUGGAUGAGGAAGAGGAGGAUGACGACGACGACGACAACGAGCUGCCCCCGGUCAUCGCGCCCAGACCGGAGCACACCAAAUCUAUCUUCACACGCUCCGUCAUCGAGCCGGCGGCGCCACCCGCCCCCGUGAAGGAGGUGACCACCCCGCCCGAAUCACAGGCCCCCGAAAACACCUCGAGCACCCUGUACAGACACACCGACCGGCAGAGGAAGAAGUCCAAGAUGACGGACGAGGAGAUACUGGAGCGGCUGAGAAGCAUUGUGAGCGUUGGGGACCCAAAAAAGAAAUACACACGCUUCGAGAAAAUAGGACAAGGGGCGUCUGGGACUGUGUACACAGCCAUCGACAUUGCCACGGGCCAGGAGGUGGCUAUCAAGCAGAUGACCCUGCAGCAGCAGCCCAAGAAGGAGCUGAUCAUCAACGAGAUCCUGGUGAUGAGGGAAAACAAGAACUCCAACAUCGUCAACUACCUGGACAGUUACCUGGUCGGGGACGAGCUGUGGGUGGUGAUGGAAUACCUGGCCGGAGGCUCUCUGACCGACGUGGUGACGGAGACCUGCAUGGACGAGGGCCAGAUCGCUGCCGUCUGCCGUGAGUGUCUGCAGGCUUUGGACUUUCUGCAUUCCAACCAGGUGAUCCACAGGGACAUCAAAAGUGACAACAUCCUGCUCGGCAUGGAUGGCUCUGUGAAGCUCACGGAUUUCGGCUUCUGCGCCCAGAUCACCCCGGAGCAGAACAAGCGCAGCACCAUGGUGGGGACCCCUUAUUGGAUGGCCCCGGAGGUCGUGACCCGGAAGGCCUACGGCCCCAAAGUGGACAUCUGGUCCUUAGGCAUCAUGGCCAUCGAAAUGGUGGAGGGAGAACCUCCGUAUCUCAAUGAGAAUCCACUCAGGGCUCUGUACCUGAUCGCUACCAAUGGAACGCCGGAGCUGCAGAACCCGGAGAGGCUGUCCAGCGUGUUCCGCGACUUCCUAAACCGUUGCCUAGAGAUGGAUGUGGACAGGAGAGGUUCUGCCAAGCAGCUCCUGCAGCAUUCGUUCCUGAAGUUAGCCAAACCUCUCUCCAGUCUGACGCCCCUGAUUGUAGCAGCAAAGGAAGCCAUAAAGAACAGCAGCCGCUAGGGGGCGUGGCUGUCCUCAGAGAGCCUCCCAUCAUGCUCGCUGAUCAGGGGCGGUGUGUAACUCUGGCAGGACAGUGCGAGGACUGGAACUCCUCCAAAACGAGGGGGCUCGUCUCUCCUUCGGCCCAGAUCGCGAGCCUGACUCCUCUUUCGUGCUCUGAAGCACUCUUUCAAUGCGGCGUCUGUCCGAAGAGUUUUUGUUCCGUGAAGGGGUCUGACUUUGUGAUAAGUCGUCUCCAGAACAAUGUACGUCCCAUCUCUGGAUAAGGAGAUUGAUCGUGACACAAGUGACUGAAAAAAAAAAAAACAGCACCAGUGUGAAAACUGUUAAGGAGCCUUGAUCUCUGUUCUGUCCAGCUAUGGUCUUAAGUUCCUUGUCCCCUUCCACUGAGUGGACCAUCGAAAUUCAUCUGUGUUGAACAGUGUCACGAGAGGUGUGUACCACGACAAUUCCAGACCCUCAGUUCAACUGCAUGACCAUGUCUCUGGUGACACAUUCUAAUGGACCUGCUCAUAUCUUCCUUGUUGAAUGUGGAAGGUCAUUUUUGUGUGUGUGUGCGUGUGUGUGUGCGUGUG